UUGGAAAACUCAAGCAUUUCUCACGGUCAAUAUCAAUUAAUAACUGAAAUAAUUUCAGCUGCUAAAGUUAAAAAUACAAUAAAUAGAAAAUAUAAUGAAAAUUGGAUGCUUUUAUCCUUGUUGUUUCAAAUAAGAUCUCCAAGUGGCUAUACAUUUCUACGAGAGCAAAAUAUUUUACUACUUCCAUGUGUAGAUACCUUGAAAAGACACUUAAUGGCUGUUAAGAUUGGAUAUAGCUUCGAUGAAAAGUUUUUCAAAAUACUGAAAAAAAAGUUUAUGAAAAGUUUAAGCGUCAAUUCAAAAAAUUUGACAUACUUGGGAUUAAAUUAUUUGGGGUACGAUGUUGAUAAUAAGGCUGAAUUGGCAAAUCAUGCUUUGAUGUUGAUGAUACAAAGCUUAGCUGAAAGUCUACACCAGCCUAUUGCCGUAUUUGCAUCUAAAGGACCUAUAAAAGCAAUACUAUUAUCAGAAAAUGCAGGAGUUGAAGUCAUUGGAAAGCGAUGGUGCAUCGACAAAUCGAACAAUGUGGGCUAGUUUGGGUAUUAGUGGAAAAUUAGACCAACUUCAAAAUUAUUUCCAAAAUCCAGCUGACAGUAGUAGAAAAGAAGAUUCAUACUAAAAAAGCUUCAAUUAAAAGGACAAUAUAUAAUACGGUUUUUGAACACGAUUCUAAAUCAUAUUUAAAUAUAUGUCCAAAAUUAACCAAAAG